AUCAAAUUUGGCUUAAAUACCAAAAUCCUCCACCUCGAAAACCUCUACUUAUACAAAGUCCAAAUGGCCACCCACCUCGCCGCCGUCUCCCCAGCCAAAGGUCAACCCUUUGAGCUCCAAACCCGCCGUACGCCAAAGCCAGGACCAGACGAGCUCCUCAUCGCCGUCAAAUCCGUAGCCCUCAACCCGGCAGAUGUCUACAUGCGUGACCAAGGCCUAUUCAUACCCGCGUACCCCACGGUCAUUGGCUUCGACAUGUCGGGCUUAGUCCUCGAAAUCGGCGACAACGUGCCCAAGUCCUACCGACCUGGUAUCAGCCACGUCGCCGCCUAUGCCGCCUCGUUCUGGAGAUCCUGCGAUCCAGACUACGGCGCAUUUCAGGAGCGGUGCCUUGUCCCCUGGCAGCAUGCUGUGCCGCUUCCGGACGACAGCAUCUCGUGGAACGAGGCGGCAACCUUGCCCGUCGCUGUCGAGGUAGCCCUUAACGCAUGGGAUGUCAUGGGGAUCCUUCGCGCGGGAGAAGCCACUGCCUCUUCUGCUCCAAACAACGUGGGAAAAAGAGAAGCUCUCCUAAUCUGGGGCGGCUCCUCUAGCGUCGGCACCAUGGGCAUACAAACAGCACGACUACUGCGGGACGAUCCCACCUCUUCUAUCGCGGCCGUAUACGCCACGGCCGGCUCCGCGAAUAAGCGUUAUGUGGGUUCACUGGGCGCGGACCGCGUGUUCGACUAUAAAGGCUCACGGGUUGUGGAUGUUAUCGUUUCCGCGGCCAAGGAGGACGGGUUAGUGAUCCGGCACUGUUUUCUUGCUACCGGGCAGCUGGCGCCAUGUCAGGCUGUGCUGAAGGCAUUCCUCGAAGGAGAUCAACAAGGGAAGAUGGCGAAGAUCGGAUCGGCACCCGUGGUUCCUCCGGAUGCGGAGGUCGUGGAUGGCGUAGAGACGAUAUUUGUGAUGCCGUCGGCGGUGGAAGGGGAGAGGUUGGAGCAGUUCCGAUACUAUAUUGGGACGUGGCUGAGGGAGAGCCUGGCCAAGGGAACCAUCAGGCCGAGUCCGGAACCGAGUGUUGUGGGAAAGGGUUUGGGGGGUAUCAAUGCUGGAUUGGACGAACUACUCCGGGGGGUUAGUUGUACAAAGUUGAUUAUUGAGGUUGCCGAGUGA